AUGACCACAGGCUCGACCCCCGCAGGUAAUAUCGAGAUUGCUGCCUCUCAAGUCCCAACUCCUGGAAUCAGUCAGAACUUCAUGGCGCCUGUCAAUUAUAUCACCAAUAAACGAUGUCAAGAAUGGACCAUGAAUACGUCCGUUAUUUGGCUGCUGAAGGUUUCAUUGGCGCGGAGGCAAUCUUCCAAACGUGAUCCACCGUCUCAAGAAAUUGGCCUACGGGCAAUUAUACCACAGUGA